AAUAAGUGGACGUACGUUUGCUUAUGAUUUCGCCUCAGGUUAACAGUUGUUCGCCUCUGCGUUCGCUUUGUCUCCCUGCAAAAAGGAAGUUUUUUCAAUAUUCCGCGUUCGGCAGCGCGGAGGAAGUUGGAAGUGAGAGUUUUCUGCGGAAAUUUCGCACUCGGGAGUGCAAAGUAAAUACAAUAUUCUUGCCCAUUAUUGCUCUGCUUAGGUCUUGCUAGGAUCCAUUCUGUGAAUAACAUUGGCAAUCAGACGCCUUUAGGGUUUUUCAAAAAAAAGGAUCACAGUGACAAAUUAUACCCUAUCCUCGAUAUGAUUUAACGCGACUCUCUUUCUAUUUCAGAGUGGAGAUGAGGAAGCGAAAAAAAUUGUAACUGAGAAGCAUGUUUGUGAGGGUGGUGAAGUGCAAACUACAAGUUAAAAAAAUGUGACGGAUUUCUUUUUUCCAUGAUUGAAUAUUGAUGGCUGCGUUUCAGAGCAGUAGGAAGUAGAAGUUAGGAUUUUGGCUGAGUACCCCCCGGAGGGAGAAGCGAAGCCAUGAUGAUGGAAGAGAUGGAGGAGGAAGGGCCGAACCGGUGCACAACCAUCGUAUACUACGCGUGGAAGCUCUUUACCUGUCUCUUCGUCCAUGUCAUGCUCAUCACCAUGGUCGUUGGCUACUGCGUCCUCGGCGCCUACACCUUCGAAAGACUCGAGAAACAACACGAGAAAGACGUGAAGAAGAACAUUUCCUACAUGCGGAACAACGUAACUGAAGACUUAUGGAUGUUCUCCAACAACGAGCUAGUGUUCGCGCAAGAGAACUGGACUGCAGGCGUUAAGAAGCGUUUGAAGCUCUUUGAGAACGAUCUGGUGAUGGCCAUGCGGAAGAACGGUUGGGAUGGCUCUGAAGAUGAGUCGGCACUUCAAUGGAACUUCUUUGGAGCCCUCUUCUAUUCCAUCAUUGUCAUUACUACAAUCGGUUAUGGGCACAUAGCGCCGAAGACACCUUACGGAAAAAUCACGACGAUUUUCUACGCGAUUGUUGGGAUUCCGUUAAUGUUAGUGUGUCUCUCCAACAUUGGUGACAUCAUGGCUCAGUCCUUCCGAUUCUUAUAUUGGCGGGUUUUCUGCUACGCCUGCACCCGUCACCCGAAAAGACCUGCCUAUGGACGCCGUCCCAGAAGCUUGAGGGGCACCGUCCGAUCUCAUGGCAGCCGAUCAGGGAGAAGUAGAACAGCAUCGUUCAGGCGCUCGGGAAGGACUUCGCACAGGUCUGCCGACAGCGCCCUUGGCAUGUCUGAAAGUUUUACUCGGUCUUCUUACUCGGAUACAGAAUGCAGGUAUUAUGACGAGGCGGAGAGGGAGGCGGCGAUGUUGGGACCAGGGGGUCGCCCUUUCCGACCCAGCCAGCAGUCGCGCCACUCAGAUCUGGCUGCCCAUCCCUCCACUCACCGUAAUCACCUGAGAGGGGAUCAGUUCCAGAAUUUAGAUGUGGAGGCGUUGGACUUAGAUGACUUACCACCGACCACUCCUCCGAUAUUAUACAACAAGUAUGCGCUGGAUAGAGAAGACUCCAGACGUGCGCGGCCACCACAAAAUAUGCGACAUUUCCGAAAUCAGAAGAGAUCGCCGAGAGAUGCGGACUUCCGUUCUUCCUUGCCUCCGUCACAACGUCAACAUCUUUCUGUGGAACCGGUUCCGCUCCAAAGGAUGUCUCCCAGAGCUCGAGGCUAUCGUGAUGCCGAGCACCACCACGGCGGCCACCACGGACACCACCACCACUCGAACCCGUCACCGCGGAUCAUGUCCCCCCUGGGCUUCGCUGUGAACCGCCAGUCCUUCCCUCGUCGGGACUACGACUACUACUCCGAUAUGGAAUUGGACGAGUACUAUUCCGAUGAUUAUUCUCAGGCGAACCACAUAAAGCCGGUGCCGAUCUGGUUGUGCGUGUUCCUGGUGGUCUCGUACAUAAUCGGCGGCGCGUUCCUGUUCUCCGGCUGGGAGGGCUGGGGCUACCCGGACUCGGCCUACUUCUGCUUCAUCACGCUGACGACGAUCGGCUUCGGGGACUUCGUGCCCGCGCAGAACAAGAAAGACGCCGAGUUCAGCAUCGCCUGCUGCUCCCUGUACCUCCUCUUCGGCAUCGCCCUCCUCGCCAUGAGCUUCAACCUCGUCCAGGAGGAAGUCAUCAGCAACGUCAAGGCCGUCGCUCGGCAUCUCGGCAUCAUCAAGGACGACGAUGGUGACGAUGAUGAUGACUGAGCCGAGAACAUGUCAAAGUGGAAAAGGCCAACAGUAGCCAAGCCAUAGGCAUCGCCUAGCAAUGGCACAGAAUAAUAGCUACCAGAAAGGUAACUGGCAGAUCCUCCCGCAAGAUCGCGGACAGUCACUUUUUCCAAGCGGACUUUCCUCUUUUUUCCCCGCGAAAUUUAAAACGGCAGAAAGACGUAGGGUGAGAGCGGCCGGACUUGGCUCUUUUCCCCGCGAAAUUUGAAACGGUAGGCUGAGCGGGGGUCGCGGGGAUUGCAAGAAUCGGAGCAAAUAUGGCCGACUGCUGCCCUUCUGGUAGCUAUUAUUCUAUGGCAAUGGGAAGUCGUGGCAGUCAUGUCCAAACGUUGCCUAUACGAGAAUCGAGGAGGCUGUAACUACGAUUCUGUGACGUCACGCUAGUGGAUGAAACUCGGUCGCGAUUUAACAUGUGUUCUUAUGGGAGAACGCAUGACACAUGUUCCUUUUGUGCUAAGAUCUUUUCAGGGGUUGAUCUGACGCAAAAAUGUAUAAAAACCUUUUUGAAAAAAUAUAAAAUUUCACAUCAGAAAACUGUCUAGUUGAUAAAUUACAUUGUCUGAUAAUGAAGAAAUAGAGGCUAAUCACGACUAAAUACCGAAAAUUGUUAUCCCACUAAGAUUCAAACGCGCCGCUCUGAUUGGUGAACACGGCGAUUACUCUACUAGUUUGACGUCACGAAACCGAGUAGUUACGUCCUCUCCAUUCUGGCAGGCAACGGUCCGAGGUGACUGAAACGUAACUAUUUUCACCGACCCCUUUGCCCGAAACGCAGCCUUUUGUUCCCGGCGUCAGAGCCGCAUGGACGAGAUUUAAAUUUCAGCAACUUUCCAGUCUUACCCGCAAACAAAUAUCCGUCCGUUUGCCUUUGAUAAUAAUGAGCCAACAACCACCUCUCUAGAAGCAAAUUAAUUUUCAUUCUUGACGAAUUUGCUUGGACCGAAUGUGUUGAUCUUUAUCGACGGCUAGCAGACGGUCAUAUAUUUGUUUUUGGCCAAGACUGAAAUUCAAAUCUCGUGUCAGGACUUUGAAGAAGGGAACAAAAAGCUGCGUUUCGACCGAAGAGGUCGGCAAGUCCAUAUACGCACGUGCCACUUAGGCACAUUGAGUCGAGCCGACUCUGAUGAUGACUGUAGCAUAUAGCUACACGAAAGAGAAUAUAUUUUCGUUUCCAUGGCAUGCUACUCAUGCUAGAGCUCGAUUUUUAUAAUACGACCCAGCAUUUAGCUGA